ACCGCGCGCGUCUUUCUCCGACAGCUGCCCGGAGCUCGGUGCCCGCCCGGUCCCUGCCAGUCGCCGCCCGCAGUUGCCAAGCCAUGGCCGCCCAGCAGAUCGUGCUCCAAGGCCCGGGUCCCUGGGGCUUCCGACUCGUGGGGGGCAAAGACUUCGAGCAGCCGCUGGCCAUUUCUCGGGUCACUCCUGGAAGCAAGGCUGCUAUAGCAAAUCUAUGUAUUGGAGAUAUAAUCACAGCCAUUGAUGGGGAAAAUACUAGCAAUAUGACACACUUGGAAGCUCAGAACAAAAUUAAAGGCUGCAUAGACAACAUGACUCUCACAGUAACCAGAUCUGAACAUAAAGUCUGGUCUCCUUUGGUGACAGAGGAAGGGAAACGUCACCCAUACAAGAUGAAUCUAGCUUCGGAACCCCAAGAGGUCCUGCAUAUAGGAAGUGCCCAUAACCGAAGUGCCAUGCCUUUCACUGCAUCACCCGCCUCUAGCUCUUCCCCCAGGGUCAUCACGAACCAGUAUAACAACCCAGCUGGUCUCUAUUCCUCUGAAAACAUCUCCAACUUCAACAACGUCUUAGAGUCCAAGACAGCAGCAAGCGGGGAGGAGACAAAUGGCCGAGUCUUAGACCCCUCUCAACCUCCAAGUGGACUCAUCAUCAACAAGGAAUCUGAAGUUUACAAGAUGCUUCAGGAGAAACAGGAGUUGAAUGAGCCCCCGAAACAGUCCACUUCCUUCCUGGUUUUGCAGGAAAUCCUUGAGUCUGAGGAGAAAGGAGAUCCCAACAAGCCCACUGGUUUCAGAAGUGUUAAGGCUCCAGUCACCAAAGUGGCUGCAUCAAUAGGAAAUGCCCAGAAGUUGCCCAUGUGUGACAAAUGUGGCACUGGCAUUGUUGGUGUGUUUGUGAAGCUGCGAGAACGUCACCGACACCCUGAGUGUUAUGUGUGCCAUGACUGUGGUACCAAUCUGAAACAGAAGGGCCAUUUUUUUGUGGAGGAUCAAAUCUACUGUGAAAAGCAUGCUCGGGAGCGGAUUACCCCUCCUGAGGGCUAUGACGUGGUUGCUGUGUUUCCCAAGUGAACAGGCAGAUCUGCACAGAAUGCUCCAACUCGCCCCUCAUGCAGCGUGUUCUCUAUCUGUUGUUGCCUUCUCUGCUCUGGCACAUUCUUUAUUACUGUGAUUUCAGUUUUGCUCUUUAAAUGUCAGUUUCCCUUCCUGUGCUUUUGGGCAGUGACUAUGUGAAACCUUUACCAUGA